AUUGGAUCUCAGCUUCGAUCAGAAUCCCAAAUCUAAUAAACUUUUAAAUCCAGAAUGAAGGUGUUCGUCUGCGUGUUGGCUUCUCUGGCUCUGGCCAGUGCUGGUGGCUUCCGCGGUGGUGCCGGCGGCGGAGCAGGCGGUGGCUAUCUGCCCGGCGGAGGACGCGGUGGUGGCGCCGGCGGCUUCGGUGGCCGCCCGGCCAUUGGAGCGGGUCUGAUCUCCCACGUUUCCCAAUCGCAGGGCAAUACUAAGGUCCACAUUGGCGGAGGUGCCGGCGGAGCAGGAGCUGCCUAUGGUGGUGGAGCAGGAGCUGCCUAUGGUGGCGGAGCAGGAGCUGGCUAUGGCGGUGGUGCAGGAGCUGCCUAUGGCGGUGGACGUGGUGCUGGAGGCUGGCAGGGAGCUGGAGCUGGUCGCGGCGGUGCCGGAGGAGCUGGAGGCUGGCAGGGUGGUGCCGGAGGAGCUGGAGGCUGGCAGGGUGGUGCCGGAGGAGCUGGAGCCAACGCCUGGGGCAAUCCCGCCCAGUUCGACUACACCGUUAACCACGCUUCCAGCGCCGCUGGAGCAGGUGGCGCCGCCUUCGGUGCCGGUGGUGCAGGUGGCGCUGCCUACGGCGGUGGCUCCCGCGGCGGAGCUGGCUGGUGGAACGAUUAA